AAAUACCAUCUUAAUGUGGUGAUAUUAAUGCAGUGUAUUUGUACCACUUAGGAUAAGUAAUAUUAAAAUAAAUUGCAAUUUGAUAAAAUUCAUUUUGAUAACAAACACUUUGUAAUUGUAUUAUAAGGGAGAUGUUAAAUGAGGUGACCAACCUAUUUACUUUGAUUAUAAGAACGACCACCUAGCGCAAAUACGAAUAACACAGGACAAAUAAAAACAGCGGCAAAAGUAACAACAUUGGUAAAACAACGAUAAUAUAACGCGAUUUAAAAGUUCUUUAUAAGUAUAUGAAUAUCCUAGGCAUCAUAUCACGAAAGAAGGCAUAUAAAAGUAUCGAUGUUUAAAUGUAAACUUGAAACAUAUUCAAUCAAAUAUAAAAUUCAUUCAUUGAUUUUAUUAUUUAUUAAACGUAUAACGUCAAAUAAUGAACUUUUAUUCAUGAAUAAUUUUCAUGUAAUGAAAGUUUUGAUAUGAUUAUUCAAUAUAACGUGCCAUAUUUUGGAAAUGGAAUACAAGGAAAUUAUUAUUAUAUCAAGAGAGAUUCGAUUAGAUAAAGAAAAGAAUCAUUGCUAUUUUGGCUAUCAUUUUCUCAACAAAUGGCCAUGGCUGAGAAUUUGGAAAAUGAAAAAUAUCCUUUACACAAAUGCAUAUUUCAAGGGGACAUUAAAGCUUUAAGUUCUUUAAUCAGAAUUUAUAAUAUCGCUGAAAAAGAUACACAAGGAAAUACUCCAUUACAUUUAGCUGUCAUGUUAGGAAGAAAAGAAUCAAUUCAAUUAUUACUUGCACACGGUGCACCUGUAAAAGUAAAAAACUUAGCUGGGUGGAGUCCACUUGCAGAGGCAAUCAGUUAUGGAGAUAGACAAACCAUAUCAUCACUUGUGAGAAAAUUAAAUCAACAAGCUAGAGAGCAAAUGGAAGAAAGAAGGCCAAAUUUACUUGCAACAUUACGCCAAAUGGGAGACUUCUACAUGGAAUUAAAAUGGGAUUUUCAAAGUUGGGUGCCACUUGUUUCUCGUGUACUUCCUUCUGAUGUUUGUAAAAUACAUAAAAGGGGAGCAUCUAUCAGAAUGGACACUACUUUAGUAGAUUUCAAUGAUAUGAGAUGGGAAAGAGGUGACAUAUCAUUUAUUUUUAAUGGUGAUAAAAAGCCAAGCAAAUCAUUGGCAGUACUUGAUAAUCUGGCUAAACGUUAUCAAACAGUGAGAUAUGAGGAAACAGAAUUGGAAAUACAAGAUGAAGUUGAUAUUCUUAUGUCAAGUGAUAUCAUGGCAGCACAAAUGUCAACAAAAGGUAUUACACUUUCAAAAGCUCAGACAGGCUGGAUAUUUCGUGAAGAUAAAAGGGAGAUGGUAGGGCCUUUCCACGCGGAAUGUUACCAAAUCGACGGAAUGGUUUUGGAAAGUAAGAAACGACGAGAACAUUUAAGCGAGGAAGACUUACAAAAAAAUAAGGCUAUUAUGGAAUCAUUAACAAAGGGAAGUUCACAAGGAUUUGCUAAUGAGAAGCCUCAAGUUAGAAGAGCUUCUUUAAAUCCACCACCAGAAUCAAAUAUUACUUGGGAAGAAUAUAUUAUGGCUCCACCCGGUCAAUCUCCACUUCUUGGAAGAAAUCUUGUUUACAAGGAAAGCAGUAAAUCAUUUAAAGCAACAGUUGCUAUGAGUCCAGAUUUUCCACUGACUGUCGAUAUGUUACUCAAUGUUUUGGAAGUAAUAGCGCCAUUCAAACAUUUUAGUAAAUUGCGAGAAUUUGUUCUAAUGAAAUUACCACCUGGUUUCCCUGUAAAAAUUGAUAUACCUAUUUUACCUACGGUGACAGCAAAAAUCACUUUUCAAGAAUUUGCCUUUCGGAAUGAUAUAGAUCCCAAGUUAUUUAAGAUACCACCAGAUUACCUUGAAGAUCCUAUGAGAUUUCCAGAUUUAUGACAGCUUCGCGCAUUGGAGAUAACUCAAGUCAAUUAUCAUAUUGAAGAUGAAGCCUUUUUUUCUCCAAAAAACUAUUUGAAGAGAAUUAUUUGGCUUUCAAACAAAAAUUUUAUCAAACAUAUUGCUGCCAGAAUGGCCUCCUAAAAAGUUACAAAGUACUUUUUACAAAGAAAUUGUUCUUUUGAAUAUGAAAUAUAGCAAAUAGCAAGUAUUUUUGUUGAUAAAACUACAUAAUAAGUUUGAGGGUUGGUAUACUUUAUUUACAAAAUUGUAUACUAAAUUUAAUAUAUGAAAACAACUUAAUAAACUUAUGCACAUUAAAACUAAGAGAUACAUUGUACACUAUAAAGUGCAUAAAAAAUAACUCUUAUCCAUCUUGCUUUUUCUCAGCUCCAAUUUUGAAUUUUUCUUUUCCACGUUUAGUAAUUAAUACUUAAAAGAAUAUUUUGCAGUUUGUAGUAUUUAUUUAAAGAAGCAAUUUUUAUCUUUCUGUCAGAGAGAGUAUUAUUAAUUAGUAAAAACUAUUGAAGAGGAGUAUUAUAAAUAAAUAUUUUCUACAUAUAAAGGCCAAAUGGUGCAUCCGAUUUUACUGCAUUAUAUUGACUUUAUCAUUUCCAUAGUCUUUGAAAAAUAGCAAAGCAGUUUAUUAAGAUUACUUUAAAUGCGACAUCCUGCACAUACCUAACGUUUUGCUAGUAAUCUAGCAUUGUAAUACAUACUAUAUGAUUCAUGUAUGUGUGUGUUUAGUUCAAAAAUUUUUAAAUAAAGAUUGUAGCAAAUCAUAA